CCUGGUGGCACUGCGUACAAGUGCACUGAUUUUUGUUCUGAGACACUGCACACCAUGCUCUUCUAUUUCACAUCUUGCGUGAUUAGUUCGGUUGUCGUUUUUCUUUAUCCUGGCUAUGCGUCCUACAAAACCCUUUCCCAGAGACCAGCCUCCGAGGCGGAUUUGGAGCGUUGGCUCAUGUACUGGUCGGUGCUUGGAUGUACCGUCGGCGUCGAGUACGCCGCAGAGUGGCUUGUUUCAUGGGUACCAUUCUACUACCUCAUGAAGACCAUAUUUCUUCUAUAUCUAGCACUCCCGCAAACGUGCGGCUCAUCCUACCUCUACAUCAACUAUCUUGAACCAUUCUUUCACACUCAUGAAUCCCAGAUCGAUGCGACGCUCGCAUCUUUUAAAAUUCGGAUUUAUGCCUUCAUCCAACAAAGAUUUCGCAUCUUAUGGGACGCACUCGCUGCAGCAAUCGGUCAACAGCAACAGGCCCAUUUCACCCCUGCAGGCGAGGUGACAGACACCGGUGUACCUCCAACUUUGGCUGGCCCGGCGUCAGGGCCCACUCGUCUUGCAAUGGGGCUCUGGCACUCAUACGGCCCUACGAUCGUCGCUUCUGGCACAGCACUGCUGCGUCAAGGUGCUGCGGCAGCAGGACCAUCUGCUGACCAAGCCUGGAAUACUCCCGCAAACACCUUCACAAGGCGUUCUGAUGCAGGUCAUCAGGGCUCCUUGAAAGAUCGCAGGCGCGAGCUUGAAGCUGAACUUGCGUUCAUCAAUUCGGCAGAGCGUCCUGUUGUCUUGACUCCCCCCGCUUCAGGCUCUGUCCAGCUACCCUCCCGUGCGUCUUCAGACUCUGAGUUACGGGAGCGUGGGUCCAGCUUUGUUGGGCGAUUUGAGGAAGUAGACGUCCCAAGCGAUGCAGAGGGGUAUGAUGUUGAUGGUGACUCUGGUCGGGAGGCUCGUGACAGGCCUGAGGCAAAGAAGGCUGCCAGUUGGUUUGGCUGGGGAAGCGCAGCGCCAAGCAAAGGCGGAAAGUCAGAUUAGUUGGUAGCUUGAUCAUUCUGGGAAUUCGGUAAUUCUGAUCAUGCUCGUAUCCUUUCAUGUGCAAUCUAUACAUACCAUCGUAAUAUUUAUUUGCCUGUCUGCUGGAGCACCGUCAAGUAAUAGCUGAACGUUUGAAGCACGUACAUAAAUCGCCGUUGAUUAAGGGAAGCACCAAAUUUGCGAUAGACAACGUUCGAGUUCGCACCAGACAAUCUGAUCGGAUCAAAUUUGGACCACAAUCAAAUAAGAGCCUUAGUAGGUAACUUCUCCUUUUCUCCGUCGUAGGCGGCAGGGUGACAGUGGAACAAGCCGAGGAGAAUACGUCUUGAGGUCGCUCUAAGACCUGGAGGUUGGCAACAGUGAGCGUUUAUAUGAACACAUCGUACGUAC